AUGGCAUACUCAUUCAUAACAUACAUUUCAUCUGCUGAUUCAGCCCUAUUUCCAUACCCUAAGCUUGCACCAUACAUUUUUCAUUUUGUGUCGUAUAUUUUCAUCAGCAUUGCGAGAUUAUUAGCCAAAGACGUCUAUAAUAGUAGUGCUCGGUUUGUGUUCGAGCUGUUACAGAAUGCCGAUGAUAACAGUUACUCUAAGGCCAAAUCCCGUUCGGAAGCACCCUACGUUUCAUUUCGCGUCUACCCGCGACAAAUUGUUCUCGAGUGUAAUGAGGGUGGCUUCACGCCAGAGGACCUGAUCGCGAUCUGCAAUAUUGGAAACAGUUCAAAAACUAGUGUCCAAGUAUAUGUUGGAGAAAAUAACAUUGGCUUUAAGUCGGUAUUCAUGGUCGCGUGGAAAGUUCUCGUCCACUCCCCUAAGUAUCGUCCAAGAGACUUGAAAUUGUUGAUGGGGUACGGCCUUGUUUAUUUGAGCAAUUAUGGGUUCCUGGAAAGGGUUCGCCAGGAUCUUAGCCGCGACGACUCACUGAUAAGAUCAUUCAGUGUUGAUGAUGAUUGGCAUUUGCGUGUGGCUAGGGUCCUGAUGUCAGCCUACCAGGAGAGGCCCAAAUCGGUGUCUGCGCUUGCUAUUAUCCCCCUGACUAACGGCGAAUGGAAAUCUUCAACCUCCAUAAAGACCCAUCGCAUCUACCAUUCUCACUGUAACGGUUACCACAUCCCCGAAGUGAACAUGCCUUUGGUAGACCCGCGAGCUGAGAAGAACCCCGACCGAGAAAGACUAUUCAGUCAACUUGGUGUUAAGAAUCCGUAUCUCGGAACGGUUGACCUCGACGGUUCUCGAGCACAGCUGGAAUUUCUCUACCUUAUGGCCCAUCUUGACCGCCGAAUUGAUUCUGCGCAUUUCUACAGCGACAUGGAUCUCAUAGACCAGCAGAACAGAUACCAGGAGCCGGAUUCACAUACUUUUUACUUUCCUGGAAAGGACAUGUACAGUGCCGAGCAAUUACUGACGCCGACGAAACCUGACGGGACCGGGAAGAGUUCAAGGCCGGGCGUUUACAUCCUACAUAGUCGCUAUAUGGAACCCCGCCCUAUAAAGCCAAUUGGGGAACGCCGGACAUGGAUGACGUGGUUGUCAGAGUCACUGCAAGUCCGCAACACCAUUCCAAUUACAGAUUCCAACCGGUUGAGCCCAGAGUGUACCUUCAUAGCCGAGCAUCAUCCUGAGAAAUUUGUAGGGUUCUUGGUCAAGAACUGGAAAUUCGAUUCUGCUCUCCUGGGAAAACCCAAACUGAUUGAUGAGUUGUUGAAACUUAAGGUUGUCUGUGAGAGUGAAUCAAGCUAUUCUCUGGGCGAGACAUAUAUCCCGGUUCCUGAGAUUUCAUAUCUCAGAAAAUUUCUUCUGGAUGAAGAUGAUUUCCCAUGGCUUAAAACGAAUAAUUCCUGGCUUCCUGAACUCAACGAUAUGACUAAAGCAUUGGGUUUCGGCUAUCCAAAAUCUGAGUUGGAAGCCUACCUGCGAGCUCUACAGUCUAUCAAGGAAUCUAGUGAUGGUAAUCAUACAACACCCAAUGAGACCGAGCGUGUCUACGAUCUGUAUGCACGCAUCCAGGCUCAGUACAGUGAGUCCUCAACACCAGACUCUUAUCGUUCAAUUCUUCGGACUGCUUUCGCUUCUCAAAAACUCAUUCACGUACCAAAAAUGGAUGAUGAAGAAGGGCCGUAUCGGGAGUCCUCAGACAAUUGCUUGUGGGAAGCGCCCCAAUCCAUGGAAUGCAAAAUCCCUCUAAAAUGGAAGUACAACGACGUGAAGCAUGGAAGUUGUCUUGCCAAGCUCUUCAACAAAACGCUAGGUAUACCAAACGUUGGGUUGAACGACUUACUGAACGAGCUGCAAUCUUCAUCUAAUCCUAAUCCUGUACAGAGAAAAGAUAAAUGCCGCCCGAAGAUGAAUAAGGAGAUUACAGUAAAAGUCCGGCGGCGCUUCGAACUGAGGAAACUUAUUUAUAGUAACGGGAAAGCCACAGGUGAAUGGCAUAGUCCAUCGCAAUGUUUGUGGUCGACUGUCACCAAUACCGGAGGGAUCGUAACGCUCAAGGACCUCUACAAAGACCUGCAAAACUUCUUUGUCGAGCUACUAGGUGUUCAAACAUUGACAGCGGAAAUGGUGUACAGCAAGCUUCUUGAGCAGAGACGCGGGAUGACACCUAUCAACGAGGUCAAAGAUACCAUCUGGCUUCUGAAUUCGUACCUACAGAGUGAGCAAGAUCCUCCUAGCUCAACUAGCCUACUCGAAAGUAGAGAGUUCCCAGUGAGAUAUCCCAACGGUGUCGUAGAGCUGCGCAGCUCUACAGUUGACUUCACCAUAUCUGACCGAAAACAUCUGUCACAAUAUUUCUUCGACAAAGCCCUGUUCCUUGACUUUAGUACUGAAGAGGUAUUGCAGCUAGAGCCUUUCAUCGAAUGGGCUAACAUUGAGACACGCUAUAUCUCGUCCUGCGUGAAGGAGAUUUCCUCCCAUACGAGCGACUCUUACAGGUCGCUGACGUCUCCAGAUCAAAAGAUAUCUCAGAAGGCUUACGGGCUGCUGCACCCACGAAUAGUGGACGGAGAAGCGUCGUUUUACGACUUACUGAAGAACAUCGAUGUUCGCGAAACCGAUGGGAUCACCUCUGAACUACAUCUACAGCAGGAUGGGAAGGAAAUCAAAGCGAAAGUCUCUGAGGGCGAGAUACACAUCGAAGAAAUAACGGAUGGGCUGUACAUCUAUGUGCCGUGGGAUGCGAAAGCCCAGUACAUCUGCUUCCUGGACAGAAUACACAAAGAUCUCUUGGAGUGGAUUCUGACGGAGCCGUCUACGGCAAUUUCUAAACCGUACAGCGAGAAGGCACUAACUCUAAUGAAAACUAUUCUACAGGCGCCGGUAGACUAUGUUUCUGUUAUCCUAGAUAGGGCUGGUAUAGUCCCCAUUGAGACACCGGAGGACUUGUCCGGUGUCGAUGUUGACGCUUCCAAUCCUACCGACCAGACAUCUGUUGAGAACGGCCAUGCUAUACGAGGGUCAAGUUGCCGCAGCGAUAGCAUAUCAGCCUGCGAUGCAAAUGAUACAAUUGCGAAUGAGCUAUCUGAUGAUGGAAAUGAGGCCCAAGACCUGGGUGAGCAAUAA